UGGAAUAUAUUUAAGUACUGUGAGUACAAAAUACCAUGCACGACAACAGUGUUAUGUAAACUAUUUUGUUUGUGCGUUAGAUUCCAGACAGUGCAAGGACUACAUAAACACAAAUGUUAUUGUUAUAAAAUCAAUAAUUAUUAUCAGAUUAGAUAGCAUCAGAUGAUUGAGAGUAUAUAAAGGUUAUAUGUAAAUACCUGUUACCUCAGUUCAGCAUUAUAGUCAGUGCACAGCACAUCUAAUAUCAUAUUAACGUUAACUACGAAAUGGAACGAGAACCAAACGAUAAAGUGAUAGUUAUUACCGGUGGUGCAAAAGGCAUAGGGUUCGAAAUUGCAGACCAUUUUUUAGAAUGUGGAGCCAAAACUUUGAUCCUUUUAGACAACAGUGAAGCAGCCGGCGUUACAGCUGCCCAAACACUAAAUAAAAAAUAUGGAAAAGAUAAAGUAGUUUUCAUACAAUGUGAUAUAACAAAGGAUUUGGAAAAAGUCAGCAGUCAUAUUUUCGAAAAAUACGAAGUUGAUGUUUUAAUAAAUAAUGCAGGAGUACUCGAUGAGAGUGAUCUCAGGAAGACGAUAGAAAUCAACUGCAUAGCUUUAAUAGAAUGGAGCAUGAAGUUCUUCGAGCACUGGAGAGUCGACCAGGGAGGUCGAGGUGGUACUAUCUUCAAUGUAGCUUCAAUUUAUGGAUUCGAAUAUAAUCCCUUUGCGGUCUACUACAAAACCUCAAAACAUGCAGUGUUAGGCUUUACCAGGUCAUUGGGUCAUCCUUUUAACUACAAUAUAACUGGUGUGAGAGUUAUUGUCAUCUGUCCAGGAUUCACAGAAACUGCAUUGUUAGCUGGUAAAUCUUGGGAAAUUCAUAAGGAAGAGUUUCAAAAACAAAUGGAAGAGAAAAUAAUAAUGCAGAAACCAAAGGUAGUUGGUAAGGCUGCUGUGGAGAUCUUUGGUGUGGCUGACAGUGGAACUGCGUGGGUAGCGGCAAAUAAUGAGCCUAUCAAACUUGCACCAAUGUGUUAGCUGCUAUAAUCAAGAAAGCAUUUUUAUAAAGUUCUUAAGUCUGGUCUGA